AGAGGCCAUCUUGCUUCUGCUACUUUACGGCACUUAAAUUAUUCAGAUGGUAAAGAAGUAUGUCUCACUGCCGCAUGAGACUUGUACUGUGGUUUUUGUGGAUUCUUCGUAUAGGAUGGAUGCAGAAUCUAAGAAUCAACCAUGCGUUUUUAGAUAUCCUAAAAUCCGGAGGUCGAAGACAGAGCAGAGAGCAGAGAGGCAGAGAGCAGAGAGGGAGGGAUGGCAUUAAAGACAGCUAAACGUCAUCGCACUGUGCUCACGUGAGCACCGGUCUCCAGCAGCCCCCCUCACGAGCGUCCACCCGUUCACCUGCUUGCGGCGUUCUCCUGUCGCAGCGAACCCCUCCUCGCCCCGCUCCCAUCCAUGAAACCCAUGACCUUAGUGUGUCGUAACUGCCGCAGGUGGCAGAGCAGGCAAGGGAGAGGGGAGCGCAAAGGACAACCCCAGCAAUUAAGAGCAGGAGAGCUCAAAGGCCUGCAGAAGAAAGGAAACUAACUGUUCUCGGCCUUCCUUAAUAAUCUCCAUGCGUUUGCUGCCUUUGGCAUGAAGCUUUUGCAGAACGAGAUGCUGGAGUUAAAUGGCCAAUGCAGAGAUGAUGGAGAUAUCACAACAGAUAGACAAACAGGAUGUUGGGUCGAGGAUCGUGGACAGUCUGAGAGGGAGGCUGCUAGCAGAGAGAGUGGCCACCAAGGCGGCCAAGGAGGAAGCUGAGAACCUGGCCAAAAGGCUGGAGGAGUUAGAGAGGGAGCUGGCUGAGGAGAUCAGGUGCAGAAGAAGAGCUGAAAAGAGGCUGAAGCAUGCUCUGAAGAAGUUGGAGUCACUUAAGCUCGCGAAAGAGAGAAGCUGCUCUUCCUCACAAUGCUCGGCCACGGUGAAUUCGGGACAAUGUGGGCCAUCGGAAGAGGUGGAAGGGAUGGCAGGUGAUGAAGGGAGAUGCAGUCUGGUGGGGACUGUGCAGGAGGACCAUGUUGAGGAUGAACCCGAGUUCAGGUCUCAGGAAUCGUCUACUGAUGCUUCAAGGACAUCUUGUGGUGACAACAAGAAAGGGACAUCAAUGGACGAAGGUAGCAAGGAAGAGAGAAUGCUGGCUCUCAUUCGAGGAUGUAGACAACCAGAGUCAGAGGCACCCAAAUUGCAGAACAAGGAGGAUGUGCAUCAUGUUCUUGCUGCUCUGAGAAAUGUUAAAGAGCUGCUACUGUUCUCUCUGGGGAGCAAAGCUAAUGUUUACUCUCCAGAACAGCUCUUGGCUGGUCAGAGAGACUCUUAUCAAUGACUUAAUUCAAAUCUAUAUUGGUAUUAUGGUUUACAUAUAUGUAUGUAUACAUGUUAUAGAUUUCCAAUAUAUUGCUCAAGAAUGAUGGAUCAGGUCUCCUCGUGAUAUGCCAA